ACCGGCGCUUUCUUCUACCUUUGACCGACCUUUGACUGCAUUCUCCACCACGCCAUACCAACGCAACACCACGCCCUUGCUUUAUUACCUAUACCUAGACUCUCAAAAGCGACCUCGGACAGUCAGUGCGGGUAGCUACUGCCCGUUCUGAAAUGUCGAGCUCUCCAGGAAAUGGAGGCCCUCAAGGGCCCGCAUUGUCGUCUUCAUACCUCAAAAUAUGCAGCGACAUCGGCUGUCAACCAAUGCCGGACUUGUUAACAGCGCUGACGUCGGGCCAGCGAUACUGCUCCAUCACUAGCCCAACGGAGACGUUGCCGGACGGCAGCGUAAUCUCGUUAUGCGCGGUGCUACCUAUGGCAACCUUCGAGUUGUUGAGCUUCCACAACCUGAGCCUGAGCUCCAACAGCUGGGCCGCUAUCGCGGAUGCGUGCUCCAAGACGCGAGCGCUGCAGCGGCUCGUGUUCAAGGACUGCUCAUUCAGCCUAGGCGGCCAGGGCCUGUCCAUGUUCUCCCGCGCGCUGUCCGCCGCUGACCUACAGAGCCUGGAGGUCAUGAACAGCCUGCUGGGUGACGACUUCGUGGCGGGGCUGUCUGAGGGCAGCCUGCUGGGCAAUGAGCGCUUCACCACCCUGCGGCUGACGGGCUGCGGGCUGGGCGACAGCGCGGUGGUGCGCCUGGCCAAGGCCAUCGAGGGCGUGGGCAUGAUGUGCUCUCUGCGGCUGCUGGACCUGUCCCACAACCGCAUCGGCGACUCGGGCGCCUGCGCGCUGGCGGCCAUGCUGGGCAGCGAGCCCAACGCCACCUCCGCCUCCGUGCCGCUCAACACCCUGGAGCUGGAGGGCAACCAGCUGACGGACGUGGGUGGCCUGGCUCUGUGUCGCGCCGCCAAGGCUGCGCUGAUGCUGCAGCGCCUCAACCUGUCGCUCAACCCGGGCAUCACCUCGGCCACCAUGAUGGGGCUGGCGGACGCGGUGCGUUUCAACACCGGCACUCUGAAGGAGGUGGCUGUGGCGGGCUGCCGCGCCGGUGAGGACGCGGCGGUGGCGCUCGUCCGCGCCGCCAACAAGAACACCACCCUGCAGCUGCUGGACAUACGCGGAGUGCCGCUGGCGGCUGAGGGCGUGACGCACCUGUGCGCGCUGCUGCGCUACACCACCAGCCUCAACACGCUGCGCGUGGACGUGGCGUCUGCGGAGGGCGCGGAGGCCAUUGCGCGCGACCUGCCCGCCAACCGCAGCCUCAUGCACAUCACGCUGGGCGGCCCCGUGCCUGACGGCCUGCUGGCGGCCAUGAGCGAGAUCCUGGCCGCCAACACCGUGCGCCGCAUGCACGCCUCGCCGGCCACCAGCUCUCCGCACAUCCACGCCUGGAUCGAGGAGUCCACACACGCCUACGCCGCGCGCGGCCUGGGCCAACCAAGCGGCGCCGGCGCCGUGCCCGGCGGCAACGCGUACCCCUACCAUGCCGCCGCCGCCGCCGUGCCGCCCGUACACGCCGGCCUCGGCACCAUCCACACCGCCAUCCCCGGCGCGCACGCCGGCGCCCAGUACCCGUCCAUCAAUGCGCCGCAGCAGCCGCAGCCCGUGUCGGCCGCCGCCGCCUACGGACAUCAGCAGCAGCACGUGCCGCAGCCGCACCAGCAGCAGCAUGCGGGGCACGGCCGCAGCCGCUCGCCCUCGCCCGGCCGCGACGGCCCCACGCCGCCCGAGUACACGCGCAGCCCGCGCAGUGAGGCGGGCGGCAGCGUGUACAGCCAUGCCACGCACCGCACGGGCCGGACGCAUCGCACGCACCGCACCAACAACUCCUACGUGUCCUUCGGCGGCUUCACCGACAUGAGCCGCCGCACCAUUAUGGUGGGCAGCACGCCGCUGCGCGUGAGCGCCUCCCUGGCUGCGGGCGGCGCGGCGGAGAAGGCCGCCAUCAUCUUCCGCAACCACGACCAGAACGACGACAACCACCUCAACCGCCAGGAGAUGUUGGCGGCGCUGCAGGAGAUGGGCGUGCUCAACGGCAUCAAGGCCAAACACAUCGGCCGCUUCCUGGACAGCGAGUUCAAGAAGGCCGACUGGGACAAGGACGGGCGCAUCAGCCUGCAAGACUUCAUCUCCUACUACGAGCGCAUCGCCUACUACCAGGCCCAGAUGGCGCGCGAGGGCCGCAUCAAGUCCAUGGCCAACCUCAACAGGCAGAUGGUGCCUACGGGCGUGGAGCACAACAGUCACCUGAAGCGGGUGUUCAAGAACUACGCCCGACUGGCCAUCGGCCAGGGCCGCGUGUACGCCGACGGCCAGCCGCAGAUGAACAGCGCGCAGUUCCACCGGCUGUGCCAGGACGCCGGAUUCAUGGAGCCGGAGGGCCGCCUGAGCACCACCGCCGUGGACGUGAUCUUCACUCGCCACCGCGCCGCCAACAGCCGCCGCAUGUCGUUCAAGGACUUCAUUGCGGGGCUGGCGGCGUGCGCCUACGAGAUGGGCUUUCAGUUCGACGACAUACUGGAGGUGCUGGGAGCCAACCAGCAGGCGCAGGCGGCGGCGGCGGGUGGCAAGGCCGGCGCGGGCGGCCAGCCGCUGACACCCACCGAGUCGGCGCGCGACAGCGUGAGCGAGUCCAGCGGCGUGCACUACGUCCACAACCCGCAGCAGCCGCAAUCGCAGCAGGCCGCCCCGCUGCCGGGAGACCCCAGCUUCGACGUGCUGGGCGUGCCGCUCGCAACCGUGCACGAGGGGGCGGAGGGGAAGAAGAAGGCAAAGACCAAGAAGGCCGGCAGCACCCGCAGCGGCGCCGGCUCCGCAGCGGGCGGCUCCCGCGCCGGCGGCACCGCGGCUGGCGGCGGCGGCGUGCGCAGCUCCAUGAACACCAACCCGCUGUACGACAGCCAAGACUUCAUCCCGGGCGCCGCGGCCGCAGCCGCCGGCGGCCCCGCCCACUCCUCCUUCAACCUGCACGGCGCCCUCGGCGCGAACGCGGGCGGCCGCGGCGGCCGCGGCUCACCCGGCACCCAGUCGCCCGGCCGCAACAGUGCGCCGGGGCACGCGCCGGGCGCAGGGCUGCCGCAGGCGGCAGGCGGCGGCGUUGUCCAGCCCUCUGACCUGGCGGUGCUGGAGGCGCGUGUGCGGCUGGAGCUGGAGGCGGCGGUGCGGCAGAUGGAGGAGCGUGUGGCGGCGCUGGGGCCGAGCGCCAGCGGGGAGCGGUCGGGCGGCGUGAGCAGCAGCGGGCUGCCGGCGAGUGCGGACGCGUUGCUGGGCGCCAAGCUGCGGCAGCUGGAGGGGCAGGUGACGGGCGUGGUGUCGCGGCAGGACGAGCUGGACAAGGUGUCUUCGCAGCUGGCCAGCCUGCAGGACAUCCUGAACAAGCUGGCGGAGGAGAUGGUGCGCAUCAAGCAGCGGGCCGACACCGCCCACAGCACCGCGGCCUCCGCCGUCUCCGCAGCCACGGCCGCUGCCAACGCGGCCGGCAGUGGCGGCAGCGCCGCCGCUGCGGCCGCGGCAGUGGAGGAGCGGCUGGGCGCGGUGUCGUCUCAGCUGGGCGGCGUGCAGGACGGCGUGUCGGCGGUGGGGCGCGACGUGGCGUCGCUGAGCGGGCGGCUGGAGGGGCUGGGCGGCCAGGUGGCGGCCAACCGCAGCGCGGCGCAGCAGCAGUCGGCGCAGCUCACACAGCUUCAAGCGCAGGUGGCCCAGCUGUCCAGCCAGGUGUCGUCGGCGGUGACGACCUCCAGCAUGGAGGCGGCGGUGUCGGGGGCGGAGAAGCGCCUGCAGGACCGCAUGCAGCGAUACGACGGAGCCCUGCUGCAGGUGGCCAAGCAGGUGGACGCGCUGGACCAGAGGCUGCGCGAGGAGCAGGAGGGCAACAUCAAGACCAUUGAGAUGCUGCUGGCGGCGGCGGGCGGCGCGCCCGCCGCGGCAGCGGGUGGUGCCGGUGCGUCGGCGGGCGGCGCCGGCGCCAGCAGCGGCGGCGGUCUGAGCGAGGUGCGCUCCGGCGGCAGCAACACCCUGCCAGCGGCGCGGUAGGCUGGUGCGUGUUUGUUUAGCGGUUGGAGUCGUGUGGAGUCGGUUUCGACGUGCUUGGCUUGCGUCUGGCGCAAACGGAGGCAAUAAUGGUGGCGGUAUCUGGAGAACGGUAUAAGACGGUAAGCGUUGGACAAGUGACUGAGUGGAACUCUUCCUUCGACCAUGGUGAUGACGGUGACGGACUUAAGUGAUGCAUUCGUACCAUGCCUGACUUAUCUUAGCGGUGCUGUUCGGGCAUUUAUGCCGUCUCCAUUCGCCUGCACCUGGCGAUCUGACGACGUCAGGGCGGCGGCGUGCAUGGGGCCCUUCUGCGUGCAAGCGCCUGCCUGCCUGACAUGGCGGCCUGGUGUGGAGCACUGGGAAGACGUUAAAGCAGCGACCUUGCUGCGACCUAGCGCAUUCCCGUGUCUGAUUUUGACGUGCAUGUGUUGUAUGCGUUGGGUUACAUCCAUGGGACAGUGGACUGAACCCUUGCCAUACAUGUUUAGAUCUCAAUACAAGGACGGUGAUAAGUGACUUGGCGACAUUUCAGACCUAAGCACUCGUUGUGGACUCAGGUCCAGUCCAGGCGCUUGCGCCACCAUGCGCUCCACGGUACGCGGCGCCUGUAAAGUAAUAUCGUUGUGUGCUUCUACUGUUUCAGUCUGUCAGCCAGGGGGCAUGCUGCAGAGGUACGCGGCGCGCGCUGUCAUGUUGGGCUGGUGAGCGCUGGUGUGCUGGUGUGCUGCAUCUCAUGGCAAUCGACAGGCAGCAUCCUCUGGAUCCGUCCCCCGGAAAGGGGUAGUUGGCGAGAUUCGGGGACCGUAUGCAG